AGUCCAUCAGUGGCGUUGCGCUCAACGUGGGCCAGGUGACGGAGAUGAUUUACGUUCACACACUGUUGCGCCUUCCAGGAUACUCGGAAUAACAAUGGCAUCUGCAACUUCAGCUUUCACUGCUUUGUAGAAAAAGUGCUUUGGGUUUUUUCUUUUUUACUUUUAUUUUACUCUUCACUGUGCGCAGUAAUUAAAUUGUCAAUUGGCAAGCGGCGAAGAAGUUGGACGUCAUUUAACAUUACUGAGGGUGAUCACUUGUGACCUCAGACCAUGGCCUAUACUCUGGGCUCGGCCACGGAGAUCAGGACACACAGUGUAGGACCUCAACACUGCAUCACUCGGGUGGAGCUUUCUGUUACUGCAGCCAACCUGCUGGACCGAGAUGUAGCGUCCAAAUCAGACCCCUUCUGCGUUCUGUUCCAUGAGGUGGAUGGAAACUGGGUCGAGCUCAGCCGCACUGAAACAGCUGUGAACAACCUGAACCCGGUGUUUGGAGUGAAGUUUCAGGUUGACUACCACUUUGAGGAGAUCCAGAAGCUUCGCUUUGCCAUGUUUGAUGAAGACAAGUGUGCCACACAGCUCUAUGAACAUGACUUCCUGGGAGAGUUCAUUUGCACCCUGGGAGUGAUUUUAUCCAACAAAAAACUUCACAGACCACUGAUCCUAGCCAAUGGAAAGCCAGCUGGCAAAGGAUCCAUUACGAUAACGGCUCAGGAGCUGUCUGACAACAGAAUCAUCACUUUGACCUUGAGUGGGCGGAAACUGGAUAAGAAGGACUUCUUUGGGAAGUCAGACCCCUACUUGGAGUUUCACAAACAGGGAGAGGAUGGCAAAUGGAUGCUGGUGCACAGGACAGAGGUCAUAAAGAAUACCUUAGAUCCAGCAUGGAAACCUUUCACUGUGCCUCUCAUUUCUCUCUGCAAUGGAGAUGUGGACAGAAGCAUCAAGGUUCUUUGUUUUGACUACGACAAUGAUGGAGGCCAUGACUUCAUAGGAGAGUUUCAAACCACUGUUGCCAGGAUGAGUGAAUCCCAGAACUCAGUGGAGGUGGAGUUUGACUGCAUCAACCCCAAGAAACAGAAGAAAAAGAAAAAUUAUAAAAACUCUGGAGUUAUCAUUGUCAAGUCAUGUAAGAUUGCAAGGGACUACACUUUUCUGGAUUACAUACUAGGAGGAUGCCAGCUCAUGUUUACAGGGGAAAGUGAAAAGGAAAACACCAGGAGCCUGAUCUCUCAUAACAGAUACCUGCAAACAGUUUGCAACACACAAAACACAGGAGAUUUGUGUGAUUAUAACACUUGUCUGUGGAGGUGACACUCCAUUAAAUGCACCAGAGGAAAAAUAAAAUAGACUUUGGUGUGGACUGACACAUUUGAGAGAAUGGAAGUCUAUCUGUUGCAUGAGAUGGGCGAGUGACAGAUGUCAAAA